CGCGCCCGGCCGGGAGCCGCCUGUUGAUCGCCGCGCCUGCCCCGGCCACGGCGCCGCCCCGGCUCAUCCGACCCCACUACCUCGGGGUUGACGACUGACGGCUAGCACCGCUGGCUCCGGGAUGAGCGCACAGACGGGACUUUUGUUUAUUUUUUACUGCAAUACAGCCAUUGAGGCUUAAAAAGGAGAGCAAAGGAAGAGAGAGUUACAUUGCUUGUUGAAAAGUGAUAAUCUGAAGUCUCAGGAAGCUGGCCUACUUCAAGGUGCACGGUCCAUGAGAAAGGCAUCUAAGAAACCAUGGCACUCCCCUUCCAGAAAGAGCUGGAGAAAUACAAGAACAUCGAUGAAGAUGAGCUUCUUGGCAAGCUGUCAGAAGAGGAACUGAAACAGUUGGAAAAUGUUCUAGAUGACCUAGAUCCUGAGAGUGCCAUGCUGCCAGCUGGGUUUCGACAGAAAGACCAGACCCAGAAAGCAGCCACCGGCCCAUUUGACCGAGAGCACCUCCUCAUGUACCUGGAGAAAGAAGCUUUGGAACAGAAAGACAGGGAGGAUUUUGUGCCCUUCACUGGAGAAAAGAAAGGAAGAGUCUUCAUUCCCAAAGAAAAGCCUAUAGAAACUCGCAAGGAAGAAAAAGUGACCCUGGACCCAGAACUGGAAGAAGCCUUAGCCAGCGCCUCUGACACUGAGCUCUACGACCUUGCAGCUGUCCUUGGAGUACACAAUUUGCUGAACAAUCCAAAGUUUGAUGAAGAAACAGCCAAUGACAAAGGUGGCAAGGGACCCGUAAGGAAUGUGGUCAAAGGUGAAAAGGUCAAGCCAAUAUUUGAGGAACCACCCAAUCCCACAAAUGUGGAAGUCAGUCUGCAGCAGAUGAAAGCCAAUGAUCCCAGCCUGCAAGAAGUCAACCUCAACAACAUCAAGAACAUUCCAAUUCCAACUUUGAAAGAAUUUGCAAAGGCUCUGGAGACCAAUACUCAUGUAAAGAAGUUCAGCCUGGCUGCAACCCGCAGCAAUGACCCAGUGGCCAUUGCUUUUGCAGAUAUGCUGAAAGUAAACAAGACCCUGAAAAGUCUAAACGUAGAAUCCAAUUUUAUCACUGGAACUGGGAUCCUGGCCCUGGUGGAGGCACUGAGAGAAAAUGACACCUUGACAGAGAUCAAGAUCGACAACCAGAGGCAGCAGUUGGGAACAGCUGUAGAGAUGGAAAUUGCCCAGAUGCUGGAGGAAAAUUCAAGGAUCCUCAAGUUUGGAUACCAGUUCACCAAGCAAGGGCCACGGACAAGAGUGGCAGCUGCCAUCACAAAGAAUAAUGACCUGGUUCGUAAGAAGAGAGUCGAAGGAGACCGAAGGUAAACUUCCACUAGAAGAAGAGAACUUUCACGACACAGCCAUCUAAAAACUGACAUAAACUCUUCUCCUUCCCCGUGGGACCAUUUUAUCCAAGGUUGUUCAUUUCCGUUAACCAUACAACCAGUAAUUUGUUAUUCUUUUUUAGUCCUACUUAUUUAUCUGGGAUUCUUACAUAUGUGUAAUUGUUUCACUUGCUCAUGGGCACCUUUAGCAACUAGCAUAAAUGAACUGAUAGAGAUCUUAGAGACUGAGAAUAUUGAAAAUGAUUUUAACCAUUUUCAUGUUGGGUUGUCUUGUUUUCUUACAUGAACUUUUUUUAAUCACUGAAAGGAAUUUAGUAUAUAAUACAUGUUUGUAAUUGUGAUUAUGAUAGAGGCCUAUCUCUGUUUACAUGCAUAGCUUUGAGUUAGGCUAAAUAUAUCAGAAGUGUUCUGCUUACCACAUGAAAAAUUAGUAUUGCCAAUUUCUCAGUGGGUGAGGAAAUGUGACCAGUUUAGCACAAAUUCUCCCUUAGUUCCAGAAAAAUCACUAAAUGCACAUGCCCAAAUGAUUGCAGAUCAUCUUCAUACAAAAAGACAGCAUUAUGAUACUUCACCAUAGCAUCAGUAAAGAAUUAUAAACUGAUUAUUAGCCCACAAAUAUAGCUUUAAAUCAGACUCACAGGUAGUGAAAUGAAUUAGCACACCUACCUUUACUGACUACUCAGUAUAAAUUGAAUCUUUAACAUGACUUUAAUGGAUAAUUUCAAAGGUGUUACAAAGUUCUCCAGACAUGAUAGGAACAUUUUGAAUUUUAGUUAGAAUUUCAAAACAGUACAUUCCUAAAUAUAACAAUAAUAAUCUUAAUCAGUUGUCUGACAUACAAGAUUGUGUGACAUACAAGAAUACAUUAGUUUGACAGAUUUUAAAAGGGUUUAUUGCUUUACCUGUAGUAUAACAAGAUUGCUGGGUAAAAUGUGAGCCAUUCAGGUUAAUUAUACAGAUUUUUGUCCACAUGACAUGAUCCAUCUGACAUUUGCAAACAUCUGGAAGAAAUAUGAAUGCUCAUUUAUCCAGAGUUUUGUCAUCUCAAAGACAAAACCUGUGAAAAUACAGCUGAGAUGACUGCAUCGUAGUAUUAAUCUUAAUGUAACAGUGCAAUAGUGUGAUGUAAAGGUAAGGAAACAGGUGACAGGUUCUUGGCCUAGUGCAGUUAACCUGUUGUGGAUAACUCUUGGAACCUGAGACUGUGCCUGGCAACACCAUGACAGACCUAAGGAGAUUCGCUCUUGCUUUUUGUCUUCUCCCCUCCCUUCCUUUCAUACCUCCCCCCAGCACUCAUUUUCUCCAUAUUUCUGAACCUUAUAAAGGUGACACCUAGAGCUGAAGAGAGUGCUAAUCCUGGCAGAAGGUGGACUUGAUCCAAAAUGUUUAAUAACAGGUUUAAUAAUCCUUAAUAACUAAGGGUUCCUGGGUUACUUUGUAGCAGCAAAACAAGUUAAUGGGAAAACUACUACUAUAAUAUUUAGCUUAUAAAGCACAUGGAAUCUCUUUAGGUUAUCCCUUAUAAAAUUGGACAUUUACUUGUUUUAUAAGUGCCCACAUUUAUUUCUCUCAAUUCUUUUAAAGCAUCUCAUUUUCUUGAGAAUUUUUUUACAUUUUUGAGGGCACAAUAAGCAGAACAUUUUGACCUUUUUGGAACCCCCAAAAUCCUUUAGCUUACUACUACAUCUCCUUAUCAAUCUAAUAAAAAAACAUAGUAACUACUAUUUGAUAGUUUUCAGUUAGAUUUUUCCUUCUGUCUCAGGCAUUUAGAUGUAGUGUAUUGGAGCCAACUUGUAUGGGCUUGCCGAUUGCUAAAUUUUCAAGAAUUUUGCAUAAAAAUUGUUCAGCACAGCCUUUGUGUGUGUGUGUGUGUGUGUGUGUGCGCUGGGGAUCAAACUCAGGACCUCCACAUGCUAGGCAAGCACUCCACCAUGGAGCUACAUUCCCAGAUUAGUAGAGCCAUUAUUAAAAAUUAAAUGGCAUAUACUUAAAAUGAAAUAAAUUUAUGUUAAAGAUAAAAAUAAUAAAUACUUAAGAAUACUACAUUUUAUUAUUUUCUAUGCUCUUGAGAUUAUUUACAUCUGUUAAUUAUAUUGUGAACUGCCUAAUGAACACUAUUACGUGACUUCCCAACUCCAUCACCAUUAACUUUUUAUAGCUUGAGAUUGGCCAUGGUGGGAGUAAUUACACCUUGGAAACUAGUGUUAUGUUACAAAUUGGGACUUUUUCUCCUCUAGAUUGCUGGCCAAUAAACAGUCAUCAGCAUACCAGUGGGUUGAAAUAUAUAUGAUUUUCACAUAUACUCUUGGUUACCUUGUUGCCAAAAGGAAAAAUAUUUCCUUUACCUAUCUUUCCUCUUAUCUCUGAAUUGGUUACAGAUCUAUUUAAGUGCUGAGUUCCUAACAUGCCUCAAGUAAGCCUUUUUCCUUUUAUUCUCUUUCUUGCCUUCACCUCUAAGAAAUCUUGGACCCUGUGGAGUGUUCCUGAAGCCCCACAUUGUGAGCCAUGGGUUAAAGCAGUUGUUGACAAAUCCCAGCAAAAGCAAGAAAAAAAGUCAGAAUUGGAGCAUGGCUUUUCUUUUGUACUAACAGUUGUUGAUAGUAUUAAAGUAAGAUAAUAGGACAUUAUCAAAACCACAGCACUCUUUUUAGCUUAAAACUGUUAGGUCACAUCAUAGAGUCUAUGGGAUAAAAUAUUUGUUACUAAUCAUAGUGUCUUAUUGUUUCCUGUAUUUUAAAGUAGCUUUAAAUUGACAUUUCGACAAGUAUUUACAUAUUGAUGAUAACUAUUACAAGAGAAACAUACAUUAUGGGGAAACUUUCAAGUGAUUUAAUUAGCCUAAGACUUCAUCUCCCAUUUGCCCAAAGUGUAUAAGUGGAAGCUCUUUCAUGAUAGUGGGCACAAUUAAUCCCUUACUGUCCAUCACAAUGGAACAUAGUGUAUAUAAAAUAUUUUUAUAUAUAUAUGUGUUUUGCUAGAUAUUAUGUUGAGAUAUUUGGUAAUAUCUGGACAACUGAUUUUACGAAGAUUAUGUGUCCCCCAGGCCCACCUCCAUGCCCAUUUUAGAGUUGUGCAGGUUCACACAAAUGUAAAGUCAUUCCUCUGAACUUGUGGGUUCAUAUCACAGAGACCCCUCUCACAGCAUAUGUAGAAGAUGAUUUUUAGAACAUAGACUUUUGCAGUCUAGAAAUCAUAUGAUUAGUCCAGCACUACAUCUCCCCAUCUGCCUGAAGUGUACAAUGCAGACUCUUCCAUCAUCAGCAUCAUUGAAUCCCUUGCUUCCAUCUAUGGAGGGCAUAAUGUAAAUAUAUACGUGUGUGUGUGUGUGUGUUAUUGUCAGAUAUCUAACUAGGUAUUUGGCUACAUCUGGACAACUGAUUGAAGGGAGAUGCUCUCUCCCCAGCUCCACUUCCCCUACCCUUUGUAGAGUUGCUGCAGGCCCCGGUUAAGUGUGAAAUUACUUCCUGGAGCUUGUAGUUUAUGCCACCAACCAUCACAAUUCACAACUGUGUGGAGGAUGACUCUUAGGAAAUACAUAUUAGAAGCCUAAAAUCUUUUCAUUGUUCCAGCACCAAAUCUUCCCAUCUGCCUAAAAUGUAUAGCAUUUCAUCCUCAUCAACAUGAUCAAGUCCCUUCCUUCCAUCUUUGUAGGGCACAUUGUAUAUAGAUCUUGUGUACAUAACGAUCACCAAUUACUGCAUUGAGGUAUUUAGCUUCAUCUGUUUGAAGAGAGGCACUCUCUCCCAGCCUUGUUUCCCUGGCCCCUCUCAGGGUUGUGGACCCUGAGCCUAGAGGGGCAUGUGCAGCUCGCCCAUCUUAUGGCACACAGUUCAUCUUCCAAUAAAAGCCCAUCUCCAUUUAAAAACUCAGAAAUCAUCCCAGUGCCUGUACUCCUCAAACCAAUUUCCCUGAAGGAAGACUGGCACACCAGAUCAAAAGAACAGCUACUUCUUUUCCACAUGGAAACGUGGCCCCUGGUAGGGCACCAGCAUUAGGGAAGCCACUGUCCUCCAAAUAACUGCCAUGAGAACUUGUUUUGAUGCUCAAAACUUAAAACCAGUGUGAAGCAUCAGCAUGCUUUCAAAUUAAGAUAGUCCUUUGGAAUUUAUAAAAGCAUUUGCAAGUAUUUCCUUUUUCAUGGAUAUGAUGUGCUCAGCCUUCUCCUAGAUACUGUGAAGGAGACAGAGGAAACAAGAAUCCUGGACUGAGCCAGGUGUGGUGGCACACACCUGUAAUCCCAGCCAUUCGGGAGGCUAAGGCAGGAGGAUGACAAGUUUGAGACCAGCCUCAGCAACUUGUCUCAAAAUAAUAAAUAAAAGGACUGGGAAUGUAGCUCAGUGGUAGAGUGCCCCGGGUUCUUUUGGAACCCAGUACGGGGGCAGAGGUGGGGUAAAUUCUUGAUUGACACAAUUUUUUAUUUGUUAUAUAGUUUGGAGAGUAGAUAGGAAUGCUUUUCUACAAAGUAGAAACCAUCUUUAGUUCAAGGUUUAACAUCAGCAGAAAUGGGGGAGUUGGCAGAAAGUUGUGAAUGCUGGCUUCUGUGGUAUGUUAACUGGACCCAGAAGAACUGUUUCUAGAGUCAGGUUUUAAGUCAUGAUCCUGAAACUUCCUUCUGCUUUUCCCUUAAUUGGUGCAGUAAUCACCAUUUUCAUUUUAAUGCACAGAUAAUUAAGGAAAUAUCCUAGCUCUGCUUUCUACUGGUAAAGUCUCUUUACCUCCCCUGCUGUUCCUCAUUCCAAAUAGCCCUGCUCUUCACUUCAUCCUCAGAGCUAAAAGACUGACACACUCAAAGCAAAGGUGUGGGAGCGCUUGCAAGCAUCAACUGAGCUCACUGGAGGCAAAUCACAUGAUCAUCCUCCUGGAACUAACUGGCCAGAGAAAAGUGCCCAGAACCUCCAAGAUAUGUUCACUGUUUUCUUGCUCCCCGAUUCUAGAUCUGAUUGUAUUUUACUUUGUGGUUCAGGAGUUCAGAAAAGUGGAGGUGCUGGCUGAGAGGCGGAAGCAGGAUGAGAGUUAAAGAUUUAAAUCUGUUUAGUGGCUGCACUGAGCUCUGCUCAGCUUACCUCUUUCCCAUAUGCCUGUAACAGCAAUAAUGGAACAAUCAGCAGAUGCAUAGAGGAACAGUAGGAAGUUUUAAAUGUGUAACUUGACUCUGGUACUGUGCUAAUGACAGUAUGUAUAUCAGAAGUUGUGCCUGUUUGGUAUACUUGAGAGACAGUAAUGGAGAAGGCUGAAGACAUCGGUAGAAAAUAUCAGCUAGCCAGGUUUUUCUCUGACAUCUUCCAUGGUAGUUAUUCUGAGUACAUUGGCUCAGCUGGUUGGUAUGGUGAAAGGGCACCAUAUUAAUAGAUUUCAAGACUGAAUCCUAAUCCUAUCACCAACACUUAGCAGGUAUAUGAUCAUGGGCAAUUCAUUCAAUUGCCUGCCAAUUAUAGAUUAUAUAGGGGGAAGAGCACUGGAUUUGGAGUCAAGAAACCUAGCCACUUGGCUCCAAACUUUCUUAGCCGGGAGACUUUGGGCAAGCCACUCGGUUUCUCAAGCCUAAGUCUCGUCAGCUAUAAAAUGGGAAUAAUAUCUUCACUAACUACCUCACAGAAUUGUGGUGAGAAUAUAAUCAGAUAAUUAGAUGAAAACACUAUAAAACUGGAAAGUGCUAUACAGAAGUGGGAGAUCGUUUUUAUUAUCAAUUCAGUAAUGUCCACUGUUUCUUGAAUCUGUUCUAUUCUGACCGACAUCUUCCACAUCUUUUGGAGUAGAGGAAAUUGAAGCAUGGGUGUGAUAUAGGGGACUAGAACUAUUUUACUCUGAACACAGAGAUGAGAGAGAUGGUCAGUAGUGGUGGUGGAUGUUAAUAUAUGGGUAAUGUAUGUGAUGGGGCAUUUUCCCGGGUCAUUUUGACACUACCUUGGAAAAUGGUCACAAUAUUUGCAGAGAGCCCAAGACUGGACACAAGGGGGAAGCAAACAAGUGACUAAGAAUUGAGGGAAGAGCCUGGGGCACUACUACCUUCCUGUCACUACUGAGGACAGGGGAGGCUAAGACUUAAAAGGUGUCACUAGAGGCCUGGAGAGAAGAUUGUCCCUAGGGCUCCAAGAAUUUUCAUGUUGAAAGUGCCACCUGUUAAUGAGAUCAGCUCUCUGGGGCAGCAGCUACUUAUCACCAGCAACCUUAGCCCUGGUCAGUAUUAUUUCUGCUAAUGAGCACUUGCAGGCCGGGACUGUGUCUCAUCAAUCUUUGUAUCUUUAGUAUCAUCUGUAAGGUGCCUUGUACAUAGUGGGUGCUUAAUACAUGUUGCUUGAAAUUGUCCUCCAGCCCCACAAGAGUUAUGCUACAUUUGCUACCAUGUGAUAUUUGUGGAAAAUAGCACUUUGGAUGUCAGCUGUAUGUGACUUUGGGCAAGACUCUCCAUCUAUCUUGUCUUCAUUUCUUCUGUAAAAUGAAGUGAGUGAACUAGAUGCUCUCAAGGGUCCCUUCCAGCUCUCGAACUUUACAACCCCAUGAUUCUAAAUCACUUCCUUAGAGUCUGCACGUGGGUGGAUACUGCCUUCACUGCAGCUGUUUCUCUCCAGAAGACUUUGUGCAAGGAACAGAUAUGAGCAUUCUGCAGACAAUUAUUUGUUCCUCUUCUGCAAUUUUUAUUGUCUUCAGAAUAGUUCUUGGCAAACUCAUUUUGGAAAGAAAAUUUUACUGCUGGGGAUGUAGCUUGGUGGUAGAGUGCUUGCUUACCCCAUGCAGGUUUAAUCCCCAGUACUGCAAAAGAAAAGAAAAAAACUUUUUCAAAGGCAAGAAAACCAGAAAGGAUAUUUUAAAAUAUACAUUUUUUCUCCACAGAAUCAGUGGGAAAGUAGAGGAGGAAAUGCAAAGAAGAAACACAGUAAACACUGCAUGUUUUUUGUAGGCUUUGAUUUAAAAUUUGUGUUUGUUUUUCUGAGCACACACUGACUGGGUAACAGAGAGAAGCCAAUAAAAAAUGCACUGUGCAGAGAAACUGGCCCAGGAUUUAAAAUUUCUAUGAAUAAUCUUAAUGUGGAUAGAUAGGAAUUGGCCACAUGGUGAAAUGGAUAGAAAAUGUGUUAUUUCAGGGUAAUUUUAUUUUAUUACCAAAUGUUGCCAGUGACAAUCUUUAGUUAAGAAAUUAUUCUGACUUAAAAUUCUUAUCUCUGUCACUUUCUUUUUAAGGAAAAAAGUCUCUAUAUCCAUGGAAAAUAAUUUUAUAUUUUAAUUAAGCCUUUAUCUUGUUUCAUUUUCCCCAGACAAUGGUAAGCAUUUUUCAUUGCAUUUAAAAAUGUAAAAUAUUUGCAUGCCACUAAUCUAUAAUAUUUACCUGAUCAGAUGCCUGUAUUGUGUGACCUUAAGUGUAUUGUUGUAUGUAUUGUUUUGAAGAGAACAAAGGAAAUAAUACUUUUGUAAAGUGUUUAAAUUCAUAUUGGCAACAGUUAUUUGGCUAAGCAGUUAUUGAAAAAUCCAUAUGGUUUCAUUUUUCUUUUGAAACUUUAUGAUCAAGAUAGACAAUUGGUCAUGUUCAUUAAAGAAAUAAGACUGAUUUGCAUUUUAAAUGUGAAAUUGAACAUCACAUGGAAAAUAAAUGUGAAAUAAAGCAAAAUGUAUGAAGUGUAAAAUACUUUUGUCCUGAUAAUUAGGACCCCAGUUGGUCCAAAUAGGUGCAAUUUUUGGCCCUUUGGAAUUACCAGCCAGACUCAUGCUAAGAUAAAUGUAAACUGUUUUAAUUAACCAACAUCUUCCAGCUUUCAAAGAUGUAAUGUAUUCAUUUGUGUCUGGAAUGAUAGUUCUAAAUGCAAAUGUAAAGAACAUUGGGAAAUAAUAAACUUAACUUUAAAAGUGACA